AUGGAGGUUGAGGAGGCUGUCGAUCGAAGGGCCUUAUCAGAGCAGUUGAAAGCUUUCAAUGCAUCGUUGGCAGGGGUAGGCAACAAGCCUACAUUUAGGUGUCUUAAGGCCUUGGUGGACUUGCACAAGCUUGAUGUUAUUGGAGUGGCUGAGCCAAAGGCACACUUCUCUAAAGCCAGGAAAAUUAUUAGGCGGAUUGGCAUGGAUGCAGAGGUUUUUGGGGAUAUCCACCAGAAUGUUAGGAAUGCAAAGGAUGUGGUUUGUAGGGCCGAGGUUGACUGCGAUCAGUUGGGUACCCCCCAGGCUAUAGAGGCCUUGGUGGUGGCCAGGGAAAGCCUGCAGAGGACACUAUUACAGGAGGAGAUGUUUUGGAGGCAGAAAUCAAGAGUCACUUGGCUUAAGGAGGGGGACAGGAAUACCAAGUUGUUUCAUGUCACUGCCACAGUCAAAAGGAGGAUUGCCACAGUUAGUACCAUCAGAAUGGGGAAUGGGGUUUGGACCAGUGAGCCGAAGGAGGUUAAGGCAGAAGCAGUCAGGCAUUUCUCAAAUAUUUUUGCCUCUCAAGGUAGCACGGUGGAUGAGGAUCUGCUUGACUGUAUCCCUCGUUUGGUUAACGAUGAAGAUAAUGCAUGCCUUUUACUUCCCCCAACCGAUGUCGAGGUGAAGGAGGCAGUCUUCUCUCUCUCCAGUGAUAGUGCACUAGGUCCUGAUGGAUUCAUUGGGUAUUUCUUUACUGCCUGCUGGGAUUUGAUUGGGGAUGGCGUUUGUGCUACGGUGAAGGAUUUUUUUGCAGGUGGCUUCGUCCCUAGGAGCUACACUUUACCGAACUUGGUGCUCAUACCCAAGAAGGAAAACUCAGAGGAAGUGGUGCAAGACCUUAACAGGAAAACUAGAGGAGGGAAUGUAAUCCUCAAACUAGAUAUGGCCAAGGCAUACGACAGGAUGGAGUGGAGUUUUCUCUAUUUAGUUUUGGCACAGUUUGGUUUUGCAGAUGCUUGGAUUGACCUGAUUAAAAAGAUCGUGGAGAACUGUUGGUUUUCUGUUGUUUGGGGAGGGGCUCCCAUGGGCUACUUUAAGUCCACUUGUGGGUUGAGACAAGGCGACCCUCUUUCACUAGCCCUAUUCAUUCUUGCAGAAGAGGUUCUGAAUAGAGGUUUGAGGAAGCUGUUUGAGGAGGGACGGGCUGCUUACUUUCAUCUGCCGAGGGGGUGUCUUGGCAUCUCCCAUUCUUUAUUUGCAGACAACACCAUUAUUUUUACCAAGGGUUUGAAGAGCUCGUUGAAGAAAAUCCUUGGAUUUAUAGGCAGAUAUGAGGAUUUCUCAGGGCAGAUGGUUAACAGACAGAAGAGCUGCUACAUUAUGAGUCAUAAGACCUCAGAAGCUAGAGCUCGUAUGGUUGGUGGUAUUUCUGGUUUUAGCAGGCGAACGCUCCCCAUCAUUUACCUAGGGGUUCCUAUCUUUACUAGAAGAGCACGGGCAGCAUUUUUUGAUGAGCUUUUGGGUAAGAUAAGGAAUAAGAUUAUGGGGUGGCAAGGGAGGCUAUUAUCUUCAAGAGGAUGUCUCACUCUUCUAAGACAUGUUUUGGCCUCCAUGCCAAUACAUUUGAUUGCUUUGGUGGACUUGCCCAAAACAGUUAUUCGUAGUUUUAAUGGAAUCUGUGCGGACUUCUUAUGUAGGAAUUUGGACUGGGGCAAACGACAUCAUUGGAUUCACAACCCGGUGGGGAAACCACCAAUCCCGGUUUGCUGGUGGCCGUCGGCUAGGACUAUAAAGCUAAACGUUGAUGGCGCAUGUAAGGGGAAUCCAGGCAUAGGAGGAGGGGGAGGGGUAGUAAGAGAUGGGGAAGGUAAGGUCCUUUGGGCGUUCUCCAACUUCUAUGGGCAUUGUACUAGUUCUCAGGCCGAGUUAAGGGCCCUUCGAGAUGGGCUGUUAAUCUGUAAGGAGCUGGGCUAUGCUGCUUUUAAUGUGAAUUCUGACUCAGCCAUAAUGGUGCAAAUGGUUAACCAGAGGAAAUGUCAACUUUGGAAAGGGUGGUACUGGUUCGAGGACACCAUAAAGAUUAGCUGCUCUUGUCAACUCGCAGUCUCUUUUGCCUACAGAGAAAGUAAUAGAGCAGCGGAUUGGCUAGCCAAUAGUUCUUGUGAAACAGGCGGCAAUAGCGUUUACCGCUCUGACUCUGCACUCCCAAGAGGCUUUCAGUAA